AUGAGACCCAAGCAGACGACAAGAACCCAAGUACCUUGCCCUGGAAUCCCUUCCAAGUCUCCUCAUCCCCCUCCCCCAUUCAUGCUUCCAUGGCAGCUUGUCCUGGUCGUCCUGAUCCUUCUCAUCGUCUUCGGCCUCUUCGGCCUCUCUGGCUUCUCUGGCCUCCUCGGCCCUGUUGACGUGCGUGACGUGAGGAUUGGCCCUGGGCAUGCCAUUGCCCAGUGGAUGCACAAUGCCAGCUUUUCCAGCUUCGUGGUGGCCCAAAGCCAGACCGUGGAGUUGCACCCGGGUACUUGGGCCAUUUGGGGAGCUCGGAAGAAGUGGAUGGGAACUGUGGUGAGCGGCUCGGUGAAGUGGCCAGUCUCAGGUUGGAAAGCCAAGUUCCACUUGCUGCCAUCAUUGAUCAGAAACCAGGAAGCUGCUGCCAUGAAACAGCUCCUGGUUGAUGCACCAGACGAAUUUGAUGAGGAUACUGAUGGAGUUGACAAGAUGGUAACCUACGAGUUCAUCAUCUCUAGUGCAGGUGCACGCAAAGCCCAUGAUCCUGUGAGAGAGGCCUUGCGCCAGCGUCUACGUGACAUCACCGAGCCAAUCAUCCGUGACCGAAUUCAGCCAUUUGUCUGGGAGCGCUAUCCGAAAGCAGGGGCCGUCUGUCAUUCGAUGAUUCGUCGGUACUUGCUGCAUGAGCGCCGCAGCCACGACACGCACUGGGACAUUCCUUCGUACGUCUCUGUGGUCGUGAGUCUGGAUGCAGCAGGUCACGACUUUCAUGGAGGUUUUUUUGUUACCACAGGCAACGGUGAGAAGUCCUUCAUUCCGCUACAGCGGGGUGAUACUGUUGUACACCAGUCGGAUCUCCUUCAUGGCGUGCAUGUCAAGCAAGGAGAGCGCUGGAGCUGGGCGAUGUGGUUCCAGGACUCCAGGGAUUGCAGCUCACAGUCCUCUGACUGGUGGAAAAGGGAGGCCGAAAAUGGCGACCCUGUCGCCCAGACCCUUCGUGCAAUGCGGGCGGCCACCCCUGAGGAGUCCUGGACCUGGCUAGAAACGGCCGCCAACAGCGGCUUUCCUCGCGCCCAGCUCUACUUCGGGAAGGCUAUCGAGGAUGGCCUCCGGGGCCAGCCAAACCAUGAGCAAGCCGCUCAAUGGUAUGAGAAGUCUCGGCAAGGUGGCGAGGUCGAUUCUUGUUAUUAUCUUGGCCUGGUAGAGAAGCGCCGAGGGAAUAUCACCGGGGCCAUGCAGUUAUUCCGACAGGGUGCAACGUCUGGUGAGCCCAAUGCCAUGGGCCAGCUGGCGAUUGGCUAUCAGAACGGGACCGGAGGCCUCCCCCAGGAUCUGGACCUCGCAACGGAAUGGUUUGAGCGCGCAGCUGACUUUACCGUCGAAGCCAUGUACCAGAGCUAUGUCCUUUAUUCGGAACCAACACAAACGCGUGACAGAGAUCAGACAAAGGCCCAGCUGCACUUGGAGCGGGCUGCCCGAAUGGGUCACGAGUCGGCAAUGAAGAAGUUCAUCGAGCCCUUGGCUCGAGCUGGUCGUUGGGAGGCGGUGGCGCCGUGGCUGUUGCGAAUUGAGUCCAAGGCUGCACUCUCACAGCUUGUGAAAUUGCACCAACGGGGUGUUCAGAUCAAUGCUUUCACGCUCUUCCGCGCGGAGCAGGUGCUGCGAGACCUGGCGGAACAGGGGUUUGAGGAUGCACGCGGCCUACUGCGUCAGCUGCUGAGCUCUCGGGAGGCUGCUCCUGCGAAGAUGUCUGAACUGUAG